UCUCACCUUUCCAAGCGGAAUGUCGGCUCCAAAGCGAGCAUCAUUCUCAUCGUCGUCGCCUGCCGCUCUCUCGUUCUUCCCCUCUUCCUCUUUCCCCAAUCUCCGUUCCUUCCACUCCCCAUAAACGCACUCGUCUCCUCUCCCUCCUUCCGCAAUGGCGGCUUUGGACCGUAAGUUCGUCUCCCUCCUCCUACUCCUCCUGACCUCGUUGGUCGCCGCCGCCGAGGAGGCGGGGCUCGGUCUCGACGCCGGAGACCGGGACGCCCUCUUCCGCUUCCGAUCGCAGCUCAACGACCCGCGGCUGAGACUGGCGAGCUGGAACGGGUCCAAUUGCACCACCUGGGCCGGUAUCUCCUGCGAGAACCGGACCGGCCGGGUCUUCCGAAUCAACCUCGGCGAUUCGGGCCUCUCUGGCGCCGCGCUUGAGCUCCUCUGCAACCUCUCCCUCCUCGAAACCCUAGUCCUCUCCGGCAAUGACUUUUCCGGCCCCAUUCCGCGUUGCUUUGGUCGCCUCCAGGCUCUCAGAACCCUCGACCUCGGCCGGAACAAGCUCCAAGGAUCGCUUCCGCCAGAGAUGGCCGGGCUCUGGCAACUUGAGGAGCUCGUGCUGUCUGGGAACCCUGGUGUUGGGGGUUUGUUUCCGGAAUGGAUUGGCACCUUCUCUUACAGGUUGAAAAGACUCGAUCUUGGAUCGACUUCACUCCAGGGAGAGAUUCCGGAGGGUUUGUUCCAUCUCUCGUCGCUGAAAUUUCUUGAUCUUUCCGGCAACCGCUUGGUGGGCGAGUUGAAAGAUUUCGAGCAGCCUUUAGUUCAUCUCAACCUCUCCCAGAAUCAGCUUUCGGGGACCCUCCCGUGCUUCUCGGCAUCGACAGGCUCCCUCACGGCACUCAAUCUUGCGAGUAACGCCCUCGUCGGCGGAAUCCCCACUUGUAUUUCGUCGCUGAGGGCACUGUUGGAGCUGAAUCUCUCUUCGAAUGGUCUACAAUACAGGAUAUCGCCCAGGCUCAUCUUCUCCGAUAAGCUCCAGGUUCUUGAUUUGAGCUCAAAUGAGCUAUCUGGUCCGAUUCCAGGCAGCCUAGUCGAGGAACCAGAGAGAGCUGAAUUGUUGCUUCUAAAUCUUUCGAGGAAUCAGCUCUCGGGCGAGAUUCCAGCGGAGAUGACGGAACUAAGGAGCUUGCAAGGACUUUUCUUGUCACAGAAUCAGCUUACUGGAGAGAUCCCAGUUGCAAUUGGGAACCUGACCUAUCUCCAGUCUCUUGAUCUUUCUUACAAUUUCCUCUCUGGUCCAAUUCCUGUCAGCCUCGCUGGUUGUUUUCAGCUUUGGCAGCUCAAGUUGGAUCAUAACAACCUUUCUGGUGCCCUCCACCCAGAGCUUGAUGCCCUUGACAGCCUCCGUAUCCUGGACUUAGCUGGGAACCGGAUUUCUGGUGAGAUUCCUCUUCCUUUGGCAGGUUGCAAAUCGCUCGAGGUCGUCGACCUCAGUUCUAAUGACCUUGGGGGCGAGCUUAGUGGAGCCAUUCUCAAGUGGCAGAAUCUCCGGUUCCUUUCGCUAGCUCGCAACCAUUUAUCGGGUGACCUCCCAAACUGGAUGUUCUCGUUUCAGUACCUACGGUCACUCAAUCUCUCUGGUAAUCACUUCUCAGGAUAUAUUCCAGACGGAGACUUCAUUGUCAGUGAUGAGUUCAAUGGCAAUUCUAAUGAGCCUUAUGAUGGCUUCAGCAUGGUCCUGGUUCCCGUCUCAGUGAACUUUGCUGGUAGUCGGCAACUGGAAUUCAAUUACAAGCUACACUCACAAGUGGGAAUUGAUUUGUCCAAUAAUGCUCUUCGAGGAGAGAUACCUGAGGGAUUGAUUGGGUUAAAGGGUUUGGAGUACCUGAAUCUUUCAUACAAUGACCUUGCUGGCCGAAUCCCCGGAAAUCUUGAGAAGAUGGGGAAGCUUAAAAGGCUAGAUCUUUCACACAAUUCACUCUCCGGAGAGGUCCCAGCAAGCAUCUCUGUGCUCAGGGAGCUGGAGGCACUAAACCUCUCCUACAAUUGCCUGUCAGGGCCUGUGCCAACAAGGGAGGGACUCCAAAGGUUUCCAGGUGCAUUUGCUGGAAAUCCGGCACUCUGUAUGGAGUUUUCAGGGAAGGGAUGUGAUACAGAAGCAAACUUGCCUGCAGGGAAGGCGAUAGGUGCAAGUGGUGGCAGAGAUGAUGGUUGGAUGUCAGUGGGGGCAUUUUGGAUCAGUGCCGUAGCCAGUUUUUAUGCAUCAGUGGUCGCACUACUUUGCUCACCAAUGUCAAGGGAAUAUAUUUUUCAGGCAUUCAAGCCUGAGUUCUGAGUAGAGACUGGGAAGGAACCAAAACUGAUUGUAGAUGUACAGUCCUAGCUUCUUUUCAUUUCUUGUUUAAUCAUCUCAUCAGAUCUGAUAUUA